GCCCGAGUCCAAUUCUGGCGAGGGUGUGGGGCCAUAUGGUGAGCUACAGGGAGGGAUCUGCCGCCGGGCGCAGAACACACUCGACGCGAGUAUAAAUGGCCCGCUGGGACGAGGAGGAGGAGCAGGUCCCUCGGUCUCGACAGCCCCUCGACCCGACAGCCCCUGCGCCUCUAGUGCACCUCUUCCCACACCCGAGUACAGGAUGUUCGCCGCUUCGCUCCUCGCCUCCGUGCUGCUUGCCACCACGGCGCUCGCCCGCCCGUCGGGCAUCGCCGGCCGCCUCGCGCGCCGCCGCACGGGAACGCACCUGAGCAAGCCCGUGCAGCUCAUCGAGCACGCGGCCACCUCCAACGUCUCCAACGUGGAGUACUCCAGUAACUGGGCCGGCGCUGUGUACGAUUCAUACCCCUCGGGCUCUUUCACGGCUGUGACGGGCACCUUUACCGUCCCCACGCCGAGCGCGCCCUCCGGUGGCAGCGGCUCGUACUCUGCCUCCGCCUGGGUUGGCAUCGACGGUGAUACCUGCGACACCGCCAUCCUCCAGACUGGCGUCGACUUCACGAUUGACGGUGGCAGCGUGUCGUACGAUGCCUGGUACGAGUGGUACCCAGACUACGCGUACGACUUCUCUGGAAUCAGCUUCAGCGCGGGUGACACUGUGAAGCUGACGGUGACCGCGUCGUCGACGACGUCGGGCACGGCGGUGAUCGAGAACCAGAGCACGGGCCAGACGGUCACGCAGGAUAUCACGUCGUCGUCUGCGCUCUGCGAGGAGAACGCGGAGUGGAUCGUCGAGGACUACGAGGAGAACGGCUCGCUCGUGCCGUUGGCUGACUUCGGCACCGUCACGUUCACCUCCGCGUCCGCGACCACCACCUCGGGCUCCGUCGGCCCCGACGACGCGACCCUCAUCGAUAUCGAGCAGAGCAACAAAGUCCUCACGUCCGCGUCGGUCUCCUCGAACGAAGUCACAGUCAAGUACGUCUAGAAUUUGAACGCUUGGUAAGACAGAUGGACGUGGAAGGGAGUUCGAGUAGAGGUUUGGAGGAAAGGACUUCUUUGCGCUCAUCUUCGAUGGCGAGUUCUGGUUUGACGCUUCUGGGGGAAAGAAUAAAAGGAUGUAUGUACUAUCGACGAGUCAACGUUGCAUUGACAAUUGGCUUCUCAUACUCACGACAGAGCCGAUCUCGGCGGAUCAG